AUGACGGCACCUACUCUUGUGAUUGUCCCCGGCUCGUUCGCACCACCAGAGCUGUAUAGCUCUUUCGUGGAGGUUCUUAGCAGACAUGGUGUAGAUGCGCGAGUUGUCAGUCUCCCUUCUGUGGGGCGCCGAGAUCCGAAACCGGCCGGGUCAAUGACAGACGAUGCUGCCGAGAUACAACGCGUUGUGGAGAGUGUUUUCGAUGAAAGCAAGGACGUGGUUAUCAUGCCCCAUUCGUACGGUGGAGUACCAGCAACAGAGAGCAUGAAGACUUUGUCACACAAGAACCGUGAAGGGCGUGCCGUCAAGCGCAUUAUUUACCUGACCGCUGUCGUUAUUCCUCUUGGCAUGUCCAAUACUGAGAUGAACGCUGGUGGGCUGCCAGACUGGCUUUCGUUUGACGGUGACUAUAUGGUGCUGAACCCCGAGUUUUCUGGCCCUCUUACAUUCUCGGAUCUUCCGGAUGCAGAAGCGAUUGAAGCAGCGAAACAGAUGUCGGAUCAUUCGGCCCUCAGCUUUCAGGAAAAGCUGAGCUAUCCCGGCUAUAACGACGUGGAUGUCCAUUACAUCCUGUGUGAGAAAGACAAGAUCAUAGCGCCAGAUCAUCAGCAAGCUAUGAUCGGCAUGAUCGAGCAGUCCAGUGGUCGGGCGCCCACAGUGCACAAGAUGAGCUCAGAUCACUGUCCGGUGGUUACCCAUGCCGAGGAACUUGUCACCAUCCUCAAAGGCAUACUGACUAGCUCUGCUUGA